GGAAUAUGCGUUUCCUUGUCUAUCAAAUGCAAAGCAAAAGGAAGCGUCGAUAGAUCGGUGGAUGGACAUAUAGAUAUCAGUUUUGAACAAAAACAAUUUCAGUUAGAUUUUAUUCCUAAAGAUGUCGAUAUCCAGUGUUAUAGUUUUAGCUUAAUGCUAGAGCUUGAGGCGUUAUCUGGUCCGUAUUAUUUCGGCUGUUAUCCGACUGCAGACUCCAAACACACCGCCCUGUGGCGAUGGCUACGGAUUUACUAUCAGAUCUGGACACUCGAUUCUUCGCUGAUAACCUCUUGACGAGCGAAGACUGGGAUGCCUGCUUGUACCAGUGUGAGAGCAUGGAGGAAGGAGAGGACGGAGACUUCGGCGGUGGGCUGAAAUACGAUGCAACGUUGGACAAUGACCUCGUGCUCACCCUCGAUCCUGACAACCGCACGUCGCCAUGGCGACACCUUGACGACAACCUUCUCACAGGAAACGCUUCAGUGAUGAAAAGUGAGAUGACGAUAACGGAGCCGUUACCGGUGGAGAUGUUGUUCCAGGUGAAAGCAGAACCCCCCUCUCCUGCUUCAUCGUUAGACUCCGACUGUUCCGGCUUAUCGGACCUACAGGUUACAGUCAAAGGCGAAAACCCUCCGACUCCUCCCUACAUGUACGGAGACGUACUGUCUCCUCCCCUGGAGACAACGGAGGUAACCGUGGCAACGACGGCCGUACCCCCAGUGCAGAACCUGAUACCUACAGUCAUACAGUCCCAGCUGCAAACAUCUGUCCCAGCUGUCAUCCAGACACAAGCUACAGUUUUGACCAGUUCUACAACGAAGAAGGCCAGCAGCAUCCUGAGCACCAAACCUCCCAUCCAGCCCCGGCCCGUUUGCGUCGCCACCCUCCCCAUCACCCAGAACCCCACACCAGCCAAGACCCUCAUCCUGCAGAGCCUCCCUCCCAUGGACCAGACCCGGCCCGUCGUCCUCUCUCCAUCCGUCUGCCUCAGCUCCGCCCCCGCCAUCGUUAAAAUGGAGCCCGUCUCUCCCAGCGUCCCCCAGCACUGCUCCACCCCCACCAGCAAACCCAUCGUCCCGGCAACCACGCCGUUGCCCGGCAACAACUCCAACGACAUUGAUAUGAAGGUGCUGAAGCGGCAGCAGAGGAUGAUCAAAAACCGAGAGUCCGCCUGCCAGUCCAGGAAGAAGAAGAAGGAGUACCUGCAGAACCUGGAGGCUCUGCUGAGGGAGGCCCAGCAGGAGAACGAGAGACUCCGGAGGGAGAACCAGGCGCUCAGGGAGAGGCUGACUGGGAAGGAGAGCGGCGACUCGGCGAGCAACAAGAGAGCCGUGUGUGUCAUGGCCGUCCUGCUGUUCAUGACCUUCAGCUUCGGACCCGUCAGCAUCACGGACAGGAAGCUGUCGGUGGGUCUGCAGGAAGACGUGGUGCCGUUCUCUGGUCGGCGUCUGCUGGAGGUCAAACAGCAGCAGGUGUUGGAUGAGCCUCUCAGCAAAGCGGAGGACAAGACGGAGGAGGAUGGAGGAGACGAGCGAUGGAAGAGAGAAGAUGUGGAGAGAUACUCUCCAGAGUCUCUCCAGUUCAGGAACCUGAGUGAUCUGUUCAGCGACGUGAAGGACCUGGCUCUGCAGGGCAUCGAUCGUUAUUUCACCUCUUCAGACUGCAGACAGUUCAACCGCUCCGAGUCGCUCAGGCUCGCUGAUGAGCUGAGAGGUUGGGUUCAUCGACAUCAGAUCGACCGGAAGAAGUCUGGAGGAAAAGCAAAGGUCGCCAAGAAGGCAAAGGUCACGCAGCAGAAAGCUCAACUGAGGAAGGCAAACAUCUCCAGAUAUCUGCCCAUCCAGUCUCAUCGCUCCAUCGAGAGUCAGCUGAAGGUCUUUCCUGGUCCUGAGGUCACCUACAGCGACUUCCUGGAUGCCAUCGACCGCCGAGAGGACACCUUCUACGUCGUCUCCUUCAGGCGGGACCACCUGCUGCUUCCUGCUAUCAGCCACAACAAAACCAGCCGGCCCAAGAUGUCUCUGGUGAUGCCUGCCAUGGCCGUUAACGAGAGUCUGUACAACUCGUCUCAGGGCUAUGAGAUAAUGAUGCAGGUCGACUGCGAGGUCAUGGACACCCGAAUCGUCGCCAUCAAGUCGUCCGCCGUCCCUCCAUCUCUACGUGACCCGACUCCUCCUCCCCCCUCCUCCCAGCACAACGCCCACCAUCACCACAUCAACAACACCUCCCUCCGAGGACGCCACCAGCAACACCACUCCUCCUCACCGGCCUCCUCGUCAUCACCAUCCCCUCGACGGCAGCCAUUACCCGCCCCGGAGUACCUGAUCAGUCAGGCUCAAGAUGUCUGAAGAGGCGGUGAUGGUUGAAGGUUGCACUAAAAAUCAAAAAGUAACAAGAAGUUAUUUUAUUUUAUUCAGACGUAGAAGCAGUUACAGAUGAUGAGAUUCAGAGAAAAAGCUGCUUUUAUUCAUCAUUUAUUAUUUAAUACUUGUAAAUAGCAGUGUAGAUAUUUGGUUUGUCAUAUUUUUCAUAUUUAUAUUUCUUUUCACAACAAAAAGUUACAAAAAUUAAAAACAAAUUGUAAUUUUUUUUGUUUUAUGUAAAAAAUGUUAAAAUAUUUUAUGUUUUUGUUGCGUGGACCAGCCAGCUUCUCACACCUGUUCUGCUGAAGUCAGAUGUAUAUUCUGUAUGAUUGUACAUAAUUAAUAUCUAUGAAACUUUACGGUAUGAGAACUUGUUUGUUUGAUUUUAGAAAAACGCGAUUAUCACCUGAAAAAUGAAGUUUCCUCAAUCCAAAACUGUUUUUUUUUUUCAGCAUUUGGUGUAAAAAAUUUUUAAGAGCUAAAAUAAAAUUGUUUUGAUAAUCAGACAUAAAUCCACCUCACAAAAUGAUUCUGCAUCAUAACAAAUAAUGAAUUUAGUCAUUUCCUUGUUUCGGAUGUAAAUAUUUCUGUAUAUCGGCUCUACGUGGCAGACGUGACUCCAGAGCUGACAGGGAUGCCGGAGUAUGCCUGUUUUCGGACAUGAGGGAAGCUCGUAGUGCAGCUUUGAAUUUGCGCUUGACGAAAUGAAACGUUGAUGAAAAUGUUGCAUUUCCUCAAAUGUAAAAUAGAUUUUUUUUAAAGUUUGCUUCAUUGCUAAAGUCUGGUCAGAGUGAAAAAGAAGAAAUUUUGUUUUAUAUACAGUUGAAUUUUGUUACUUUUUUUGUACAAAAAUGCCAAGAUGAGAAACAAAACCGAUGUAAAUGUUUUAUGUUCAUCAUUUUUAUUAUUGAGUGUAAAUGAACAGUAAAAUUUGUCUGGAGUCAAA